UAACUCUCAAGGGUUUGCCAUUCAUCCACCGACACUCGUAUCUGUUCGGACUAAACGUGGCCUCAUGAUUCCCGCCGGAGCCUUUUACCCUUUUCUCUCAUUUCUCACCCACAGAUUUGCCAGAGUGGAUUGUUGAUAGGUCAUUAUAUGGAAGACGGUGGUCGCAGGAUGGACGCGGAGCUGGGUGCUGACAGCACCCGCAGAAAGAUGGAGGCGGCGGGCGAGGCGCUCGAGAUCGUGCCGCUGGAAAUGUAUGAUUCAGCCCGAGCCAAAAUAGCGGCGAAUCUGCGAUGGUUGUUUGCCAAAGCCUUCGGUAUCGAUCACAUCCCAGAAGACCUGCGAGAUCCUUUCUACACAGACCAGUAUGACCAGGAGCACAUUAAACCCCCAGUGAUCCGGUUACUGCUGUCAUGUGAGCUGUACUGUCGCGUGUGUGCCCUCAUUCUCAAAGGCGACCAGGUGGCCUCUCUGCAGUCCCACCAGUCAGUCAUCCAGGCCUUGGCUCGCAAAGGCAUCUAUGUUGUGGAGGGCGAUGACACGCCUGUCACCGACUCAGAUCUGACCUGCCAGCCAAUCAAAAUGAGUUCCCACAUCCCCAUGAUUGAUGCAUUGAUGAUGGCCUACACCGUGGAGAUGAUCAGCAUUGAGAAGAUUGUGACCUGCGUGAAGCGUUUCUCCACGUUCAGUGCCUCCAAGGAGCUCCCCUUUGACCUUGAGGAUGCUAUGGUCUUCUGGAUCAACAAGGUGAACCUGAAAAUGAGGGAGAUCACAGAGAAGGAACACAAAUCAAAGCAGCAUCUGCUGGAAUCUCCAAGUCAUCAGAAGGUACCAGACAUCCCAGCACAAGAGUUUCACACAUAG